AUGUCAUCCGUGCAACAACGUAAAGCUGAAAUUCUAGCCAAAAGGGCUAAGCUGGCGGAGCUGAGGCGCCAAAGAGAGCUACGACAGAAGGAAUUCUCCCAGAGUCGGGCCAGCACCGGAGGAGAUGCUUCAGAGGUAUGCUAUCCUAGCCACGAGCAUGAAAUACAUAAGCCAGAUACUGACGUACCGUCCGCGAAGGUCGUGUCGCCUGUGCCGAGUCGCUCAGAUAGCAGAGCUGAGCUCGAUGACCUGAUCGCUCGCCUUGUUGAUCGCCCAGGAUCGGCCUCUGUCAGCCAUGCAGACGGCCCCUCACGAAAAGGCAGCAGGCCGAACUCAGUACUGAGUGCUAGCCAGUUGAGCGGAGAUAACGCUGAAGCUUUCAAUUCUGCUACGAGACCGCUUUCACAGUCAAUCGCCGUUCAGACUGACGCGACUGACCCCUUUGUUGCCUCUACUGAACCUGCGCCUGCCCCUGAACCUAAACGAGAAGUCGUUACAUACAGCAAAGGAGUGCAAACGGAUGAUUCAAAGCAACGCCAAACAGACUCGCUGGACUCGGAGUCAGAAACUGGAGAGUUUGACGAUGGUACUGGACCAAGCAAACGCCUAAGCAAGAGCGACCGGGAACACGAUGAGGAAAUUCGAAGGAAGCUUCGCAGGGAAAUUGAAGAGGAAUUGCAGGCCACCCAACAGCAGGCUGCUGGUGGGCCUAGUGCCCAGGCUAACCUACGUUAUCCUUUACGUACUCUCGACGAGGACGAACUGAAGGCCGUCACUUCUUCGGAGGACUUCCUCGACUUCGUUGAGCGUUCUGCGAAAGUAAUUGAGCGUGCUCUAGAUGAAGAGUACGACGUGCUCGCGGACUACGAGCUUGGCGGGGUUGAUGGCGAUCUGGAAGAAGAUGACGAACAUGGACGAAAGCGCAAGAGCAUUAGGGAGGUUUGCCAGUUCUUCGACGAGCGAUGGAGCAAGAAACGCAUGAUCAGUGAUUUGAGUUUCUCUCCGAAGUUUCCCGAACUAGUUCUGGCAGCGUACACAAAGAACCCCUCUGCUCCUCAUGAACCGGAUGGCCUAGUCCAGGUUUGGAACCAACACUUGCACUCUCGCCCUGAGUAUGUGUUCCAUUCAACUUCGGAUAUCUUGACGGCCAAAUUCUCCCCGUUCCAUCCCAACCUCAUUGUCGGAGGAUCGUACUCUGGGCAGGUUUUGCUUUGGGAUACGCGAUCGUCCCGGGCCGGUGGUGGUGCCCCUGUGCAAAAGACACCCCUGACUGGCUCAGGGCAUACGCACCCCGUGUACAGCAUCUCAAUCAUAGGCACCCAAAACGCGCACAAUAUCUUGACCGCGUCCACAGACGGCGUUGUCUGCGGAUGGACUGUUGACAUGCUUUCCCAACCCCAAGAAUACCUCGAGCUCUCCACACCUCCACCGUCCAAAACAGAGGACCUGGCGCCCACAACCAUGUCGUUCCCCCAAUCGGACCCAACCUUUUUCAUCGUCGGCACCGAAGAAGGAGGCAUUUAUCCUUGUCAUCGCUACGAUCGAGCCGGGGCCAAGGCUGGCACUGACCAACGUCUCGCGUACCGUGGCCAUGCCGCGCCGGUCAUGUCGACUGCCUUCCAUCCCGCGAAGGGCCCGGUUGAUCUAGGCGAUCUGAUGUUAAGCUCUAGUCUCGACUGGAGCGUCAAGUUGUGGCGUGUGCGGCCACCUGCUACCACCGCCCCCGCAACCUCGGCUGCCAUUGCAACCACGCAAGUCGUCUCACCUAUCCUCGAUCUGAACCGGGAGGAUGUUGUCUACGACGCCCGGUGGUCGCCUCACCGCCCCGGAGUCUUCUCUCUCGUCGAUGGAGCUGGCAAUCUGGAGGUCUGGGAUCUCUGCUCGGACACCGAAGUCCCAGUCGUGCGGACCACGCCAACUCGAGGCCGUGGCGGUAUCUUGACGCGAAGCCUUAACAAGGUGGCAUGGGAAGAACGCGAGGGCAAACGGCUAGCAACAGGUGGAUUGGAUGGUGUAAUCACGGUCUUUGAGGUAGGAAAGGGCCUGAGUGGUACUCCUGAGGAGGUGCCCUCGGACGAAUGGACGGCAAUGAAACGGCUGGUUGGGAAAUUGGAGCAGAGAGAUCGUGUGAACUGA